ACCAUAAGACCCUGAGGAGGCUUCUCCGACCUCUAAUUUCACGCGUCCCUGGCCGUACCCAAGCCUGUUGAAGUAUUUAUCACUAGAAUUUGGACUGACUUGCAUUUUUAUUUUUUAUUUCCACAAGGAGCGCUGAACUGCACGGUAAUCAGGACAUGUGCUAGCCACGGUGGCAUCCAUAAUUUGUGCACGUCUUUACAGAGCAAUUGCAAUCAGUGGGUGUAGGUGGGCGCACCAAUCUCACCUCGCAAGAGAUUGAAGAGCGAUAGGACGGACGGAUGCAGAUUGCAAGGGAGGCGAGGCCGUUCUAUUCUACAGUACUACUAUUUUCUAGUACGGCGCAUCGCUCUGCACUGCAGUGUACCACGACCGCAACGACCUCCUCUCCCUUCUUUCCUUCCUCGUCGCAGUUGCAGAGAUGGAGUAGUUUUGUUCACAGGGGAAGGGAACGGUGAUGGCAGGAGGCAGAGGAGGAGUUUCGUAAUCGCAGCGACAAGAGACAGACGACGGGACGAGAGAGGGAGUCUUUGCAUCUGCUGUCUUGGCCUUCGUCUGCCUCUUUUUUGGUCGCCUUUGCCUUUGCAGCCUUUUGCUAGCUCCCCUCUGCUCUGUCUGUCUCUGUGAGCACUUGUCCUCCCUUCCCCACUCACUCUUCUCCACUCGCUCUUCUCCACAAUGCUGCCCUCAAGAUCAAGAUCUGGGCCAUAUGAGUCCCCCAUCAGCAAGAGCAGGCCGAGCACGCCCUCCUCCAACCACCGCCCGUCCACAACCUCCUCCAACCACCGCCCCUCGACGCCUUCCUCCAACCACCGGCCAUCCACCCCAGGCGGCUCCAGGAGGAGCAGCGUCGGCGCGCCAUCCACGCCGCGCUCGCGCACCAACGGCGGCCCGUUCAAGUCCGAGCCAAACUCGCCGCCGUCUGCCGCCCAGAAUGCACGGCCGCGGCUCUCGUUCGACCGGUCCCCGAGAUCCGCGGACUCCAGGCCCGUCGUUGAGCGCAGGGUGCCCAAGAUCGGCACGCCUCCCGAUAAGCAGCCGCGGAGGGAGGUCGAAUUGCAGGCGCGACUUGAGUCCGUCCAGGAGGACCUGAAGAAGGCCAAGGAUCAACUGGCCUUCAUUGUGGGUGAGAGGGACCGUCUUGUCGGGGAGCUUAACGAAGCCAAGAGAGUGACUGAUGAGACACAUGAGAAGCUCCAGGAUGCGCUCAUGGCCAAGAGGUGGGCUGAGGAGGCCACCGAGAUUGAGAAGUUCCGGGCGGAUGAGCUCGAGCAGGCAGGCAUCGAUGAGGCGCAGAGGCGUGAGGAGGAGUGGCAGAGGGAGAUUGAGUGUGUGCGUGGGCAGCACGCGGCGGACUUGGAGACGUUGGUCAACACAACGGAGGAGCUGGAGAGGCUCAGACGUGAUCUUUCAAUGGCGAGCGAGGCCAAGAAGGCGGCGCUUGGCCACGCUGACGAUGCAAUGAAGAUCGCUGAGGUCAAUGCGGAGAAGGUGGAGAUUCUCUCAAACGAAGUUGUGCGUUUGAAAGGAUUGCUUGAUUCGAGUGCAGCAAGCGAGGAGAGUAAAAACCGUGAAACUGAGGUUCUUGUCAAGAAUCUGGAGUCUGAAGUUUCAUCUCUGAAAGGCAAACUUGAGGAGGCAAAAAUCAUUGAGGGGAGGUUGGCUGAGGCGGAAAAAUUGAUUGAGGAGCUUAAGUCAGAGAUAGCUGAUGCACAGAAGGCUGAGACAGACAUCCGUCAGCAGUUGGAAGAAUGGAAAGAGAAGGCAGGAUCACUUGAAAUGAAAUUGGAGGAAGUUACUUUAUCUGAGAAGUUCAAAAGUGACUCUCUUGCAUCUACAACUGAAGAGUUGGACAAGAUCCAGUCUAUUUUGCAGGAUAGAGAAUCAGAGAUUGAAGUUCUCAAGGGAAAGACAACUGCCUUGGAGAUUGAGGUGGCAAGACUUCUAACAGAUUUAAAUGAUACCAAUGAGCACUUGGAUGCGUCACAGCAAGAGGUGUUUGGACUGCAGACAACAAUAGAUGUUCUGAGGAACAAGCUUGAGGCUGCGGAACAAGCUGCUUCAGAGGCUUUGAACAAUGAGAAGACUGCGAACACGAAGAUUGAAGGUCUGACCGAUGAGAAAGCCAAGCUAAUUAGGGAGCUGAAUGAUGCUAGAGAUAGAGAAGAGAAAGAGAAGAGGGCAGUGGAGGAUCUUACUGCUGCAUUGAAUGAGGCAUCUUGCGAAGCACAGGAAGCACACAAGAGGUUUCAGGAGAAAGAAGAUGAUUACGAGCAUGCUCUUGCGCAGAUUGGUGAUCUGAAGAUGGCUUUAAAGAGUACCAAAGAGAGUUAUGAAGUAAUGUUUGAUGAAGCGAGCCAGGACAUCGCUUGCCUAAGGAAAACCGUUGAGAAACUGGAGGCUGAGGUGAGCAAGUACAGAGAAGAAUGUGAAUCUAAGGAGCUUGACAUUAUCACGGCAAGCAAGCAGUCUGAGCAAGAAAUUCAAGCUCUUAAAGUAGAAGCAGACCAGGUAGUUGCGUCACUGCGAGGCGCAGAGCACGAGCUUCAAGUUGUCAACGAGGAGAAAGAGAGGCUUCAAGAGAAACUGUUGUACAUGAAAUCAGCGGUUGCUGAAGCCAACGAGGCUGUACAGGAGGCAAAGACCGAGAAGGAGAGGCUUCAAGAGAAACUGAUGUACACAGAGUCAGUGGUUGCUGAAGCCAACAUGGCUGCGCAAGAGGCUAAAACCGAGCUAGAGAGGCUUCAAGAGAAACUGACGUACACGGAAUCUGCGGUUGCUGAAGCCGACAAGGCUGUCCAAGAGGCGAAGGCUGAGAGUUUGCAACUGAAGGAGAGGUUACUUGACAAAGAGAAUGCAUUGCAGAGCAUAACCCAAGAGAAUGAUGAAUUCAGGAUGCGAGAAGCUGACGCCAUGAAGAAAAUAGAUGAAUUGUCCGCUUUGCUUGCUGAAGCCAUGACAAAGAAGCAUCCUGAAGAGGAAGAGAAACUAGUGGUCGUUGAUGAGGCGCACAAUUCUGUGCGCGAAGAAGAUGCCCCUUCAGUUGCCGAAAAUGAAGACACGGAAGGAGGUUACGGUAAAAAACUGAAGCUGGACAUCAAUGCUGUCGAUGGGGACUCUAAUGGGGACAUGCAUCAUGAAGAGAAAGAUGGCGCUGGGGUUGGGAAAGAGUCAGUGAAAACUGAGUUCACCUUACAGGAGAGCACGAAAGUUGUCGAGAAGAGAACAGCGACAGACAAAAAACAAGAAACUGAAUCAUCCAAUGAUGAAUUAGACUCCAAGGAGGAGGAUAGCGGCACUGAGAAUGCAAAUGGGACGACAGUAUCAGACGAUAUGAGUAAAGUGGCAAUGUCUCUGACAAAACCGCAGCAGCAACAGAAAAAGAAUAAGCCUCUGCUAAAGAAGUUUGGGAGCUUACUGAAAAAGAAAAACAGCAAGUAGCCGAGCACGCCUGUACUAUUAGUGUUAUUUCGGUAUGUCUUUGUUUUUUGAUUGACGAGGUAUUGUACCUGUGGUGAUUGCAGAAGUUUGUGGGUGUCUUGAGUUUCCUUUUUUUCUCUCUCUUUUUUACUUGGAACUCUCGUUGUUGCCCUAUGGUGUUGGCUGUUAUCUACACGUUUGUGGCAGUACCCUUGUGUGUAAAUGGAGUUCCUCCAAAUCAGAAUGGCUAUUCGUUUCUGAAACUGUGCAGCUCCUCCUGAUAGUUCAUGUAAUGUAAUGUAGUUGUACCAGUGAACAGGAUUUGAUUUUAUUAA